UGCCUUAGUGCAGCUCCUGCAUGACAAGGCUGUACGGAGUGACGUAUGCUCCUACAAUGAACUACUACUGCAAAUUGUAAUUUGGUACUGAGUGCGUACUUCUUUUAUUGCGUACAGGUAAUCAAUGUGUACUUUCGCAUUUUGGAGCUUCUGCCUCGUGCCACUAAUGAGAUUAUUGACAAUCCAUGUUUAUAUUUGCGCUGCGAGAUCCAGGUUUUGAAUUACUGCUCAUGAUGUCUCGUUCUUACAUUUUUCCAAUUGAAAUUCAGCGUGCCAUCUAAGCUGUGUUAAAUAAAUUGUAUGCAGGCUGCCGUGCUCCAGCAUCUACCAUUGGAUUACCUCUCAAUUACCACUGAUGUCACCAAAAGAAUCAUAGAGUCAUUGUUGCCCAGUAUUCAAACAUGGCUUCGGGAAUUCAGAUGUGCCGAUCUUCGAAAGUGUAGAUAUCUCUUCAUUCCGAUGAAUACGGGAUGGCAUUGGUAUCUACUUUCUCUGGACUUGAAGGACCAGCGUUUCGAAUGCUACAACUCCUUGUGGAGUUUCGACGUUGGGGAGGACGCUGUUAGAUAUGCUUCUUUUGUGAGAUCGUGGCUAAACGACGUUGUCGGAUUUCGUAUCCCAGAAUUAGCAUAUUUUGAAAUUCGACAAUGUGCACAACAACGAAAUGAUAGUGUUGACAGCGGGGCAUACAUGCUUAUGUUUGCAGAGGGACUUACCCGAGGCAGCACGAGACCAUUAAAGGAAGAAUUGAAGGAUCCAUCUUUAUACAGGAGCUGGGCUGCAGGGAGUAUUCUAUUGCAUUCCGGGAGCGUUGCCAGCGUUAGGUUUAGGUCAAUGUACCCUGGGAAGACUUGUAUAGAGAAAUCGUAGACUACGUGUUGUAUCACAUGAAUGCAAAUUACUUGUAAAACUUGAUUGUAAAUGUGUUAUAAAGGAUGUUUGUCCAACUGUAAUUUUCUUGUUCUCUGUAAUAAAAUAUUUUCAGACAUAAUAUCAUUAUUCCGUGCAAAGUCCUUAUGUAUUGGCAAUUUUUCCAACUCCCUGUCAUGCUCAUCGCUUAAACGAAAAGUCUACGGUGACUUAUUAAACUGAGCCACUUAAAAAUCGAUUUCUACAGUACGAGUUUAUCGUAACAAUAUCAUCCAGCACAAAAGUAACAAUGAUAUGCAUCAACAUUUGUGGUUUCAUAAAGCGUGUCGGAGUUUGAGAAACUGUCGCCUAACAUUCAUGUGGUUGAAUCCUAAAUUCAGAGGUCGACACUGGCACACCACGAGUCGAGUCUGGCACAGCAUCCUAA